AUGUUGAGAAUUCUGCUGCCGCUACUGGCUUUCUGUGCUUUGGCUCAGGCCCAGUGCCGUUUUACCCGGGCUCAGGUGGAGGGCACCAAUCGGAUCUUCAUGGUGCGUGGUCGGAAUCAGCAGCUCUCCCUUAAACGCACGUCCGAUUCACCGGUUGGCGAAGUCCUGCAGAUGUGGUGCAAUCCACGGGACAUUGUGGCCACCACCUGCCAGGCAGGUCGGCCUCCAGCCUUCCGCCCACCGCUACCCAUGACCUGCCGGGCGAAUCCUCCGGCCGCCGUGACCACGCCCGUUCAGGAUCGCAGCUGCCCGGCUACCAUGUACCGGGUGGGCUACAAUGUGGGCAACAACCAGUUCCUGGAGCUCUAUCGCGCCUGCUUCGAUACCAGAGCGGUUAGAGCGAUCUUCGUGGAUCAUCAGAUUUACGGGAAGCCAUUCUUUAUCACCCGACCCUGUGUGCAAUUCAGCUCCGACGGAGUGAUCAGUGGAGCCGAUGAAGCAAGUUAUACAACCCGCAACAUUCAUGCGACCUUCCGACGAUUGUUUGGCAACAAUCAGAACUUCAUACCCAACAACCGGGAUGUGAUAAUCAAUCGAGGACAUUUGGCAGCAUCGGCAGACUUUUUCUUUGGCGAUCAGUUGUGUUCCACCUUUAAAUAUGUGAAUGCCGUGCCGCAGUUUAGAAGUAUCAACGAUGGCAACUGGGAGACCAUCGAGCGAUGGGUUCGCAAUUCGGUGAGGGGAAAUCAGUUCGUGAAUGUGCGCACAGGGGCCAGAGAUGUGCUCUCGCUGCCCUCGGGCACUGGGCCCAAGAACGUCUUUCUCAGCGGCAACAGGAACCCGGUUCCCCUGUGGAUGUACAAGAUAGUGAGGAGGUCCAAUAACCAGCCCAUCGUGGCCUUCCUGACCCUCAACAAUAUCUUCGCCAGACAACGUCCAGCGGCUCCACCGUUUUGUCAACCUGUGAAUUGCCCCAUACAAUUGCCUAACACAGCCCAGGCUGGUUAUACCUUCUGUUGUAACACCGCCACUUUUAGACCCUAA